CUGCAGAUUCCAUAGGUGGUGUCCGAUUCCUACACGGCAACAUCUAUUUGUUGCGGCUACAUAUCAGCUGUGCGAGAGUAAACAUAAUGCAGGGAGCACACGGGUUGGGGAGGUGACACUGUUCAGUGCUGACGGUGUUAAACAGCUGAAGAAAUGCCAUUCAGUCUCGUGUGCUGGUAUUUUAGACUGCAAAUGGUACACCAUCGCACUGAACAGCCCACCAAUGCUGGCUGCAGCACUAUCGUCUGGAGACGUUCUCUUUCUUGAGCUGCAGGAAGUGUGUCAGAACAGUUGCCUCGUUGAGAAGCACAGGUUGUCAAUUGGCAAAGAUAGUAUAGCCCUCUCCCUUGACUGGACAGCAUUUGAGAAUGACAGUGCGUCAGUCAUAGUGAGUGAUUCACUAGGGAAUCUAAGCCUAUGUGAGGAAGGGCAAUCUGAAUUCUCUGUAAUGCAGCAAUGGCAGGCACAUGAUUACGAGGCUUGGAUUGCAGCGUUUGAUAAAUGGAACCGAAACGUCUUGUACUCUGGUGGCGACGAUUGUAAGUUGAAAGGCUGGGAUAUCCGAGCGCCGCCUACUUUGCCAACAUUCACAAGCAAGCAGCACUCUAUGGGCGUUUGUAGCAUACAGAGUAACAAACAUCGGGAGCACUUGUUUGCAUCAGGAAGCUAUGAUGAAAAAAUACUGCUAUGGGACAACAGGAACAUAAAGUGCCCACUGUCUACAACACAUGUUGGUGGUGGAGUCUGGAGGUUAAAAUGGGAACCAUUAUAUGGAGACCAUCUUCUAGCUGCUUGCAUGCACAACGGAUUUCACAUUCUGGAUUGUACAAAUUUGGAAGAGAAUGGGCAGAAGAUUGUGGCCUCUUAUAUGGAGCAUAGUUCCUUAGCUUAUGGUGCUGACUGGGGAAUGCCUAUAGCCCAAUUGGACAGAAAUCAAAGUACUGCAGGAGAUGGCAAUGCCACAGACAGCAUAAGGAGAAAUAUUGACGGUGACACGUCUGGAAAUGCUUCAGACAACCGACGCAGCGUAGAGCGUGGUGCAGCUGAAUGCCUCAAAACUGUGCCAAACACGUCUCAGCACACGAGCUUGACAUCGAAAUGCUUGGGAUACACGCUUGCGUCCUGCUCAUUCUAUGACCACGUCAUGCAUCUGUGGCAGUGGUGCUGGUAGCGUAUCGUGCAGGACAUAAGAUGCUAUGCCUGUGAUUAAGCAGAUGUGUAAUCAACUGAUAGCUAAAUUGUGAAUCUAAAAUAUAUCUGUGUUCUGCCCUCUUCUUGCGUGUGUGGAUUUGUAUUGCUUGGUCAGUUUACAGCACUAAUGAUUGUACACACAGUAUAACUUGUUGUAUAUUCAUAUAAAGCAUAAAUUUGUUGAAAUCUACAUAUUUUUAUAUGUCUUUAUACGUUAUACCAGCUUAUACUACUGUUAUGUAGAGCUGCAAUGAUUAAUUGUGAUAUAACUAAUGACAAUACAAUUCCGCAAUGUGCCAAAAA